AUGAAUAAGUCAGGUGGUUGUGCAAUGGGAGCUUGGGACAUUUUAUUAUUUGUCUCCUUUUUCUUGGUUGGUUUGACCAUUGCGCAAGCGCGCGUGUUGCCAUUCGUAUACAGCAGAACAAUCUUUCAAAAUUUUGAAGCAAAUAAGCACGUCAAUGAAUCGGGUGGUUUUAAUCGCUUCGAAGGUGGCCGGGGUGGUCCCGGAAGCUUCGGCUACUUCGAAUUUACGCCGAACGGUACAGUGAUAUUGCGGGGAUCCGCGGGAAAUAACGCCAAUAUGCCGAAUAUCCUAUUUCUCAAAGCUGCGGUCGGGGGCACCAAAACGUAUCCACGGCGAGUGGCCAGCUAUAGCAAAGGCAACAUCAAAAUCUAUGGCGACGGCAUCGAGCACAAAUUUCCGCCGUUUCUGGAGCAUAUAAUUCAGCGCAUCCAAACAUAUUUCUCUGUUUAUAAAUACACGGAUACCAGCGCGGCGGAAAGUUCUACAGUGCCUGCAGAAAACAUAAGUUCCGAAUUCAACAGUACAUCAUCCGUAGGGGUCCAAUCUACAACGCAAGAAGACAAAGGCGAGUACAAUGAGUUCAUAGAGAUAGGCGAGCACGACAUCGAUGUCAUAGUUGUGGGUGUGGACUGAAUACUUACCGACUAAAAGUCCAUAUGUAUGUAUUUCAAUUAUAAAUUUUCGCUGUAAUGAACAUUUAAACGAAAUCGAGUGUGUCAAGAGAAACUUUUGAUAUAACUUAUUUGUGCAAUUUCAAUAUGUAGCUCACAUCGAUGUCACUAGCUCAACAUGCGUUAUAAACUGUAAACAUAGCCAUUGGACAAACACCACUGAAAAAAAAAAACAAUUUAGUAUGCUGCAAAGGUGAAAAUUAAAAAAAAAAUUGGUAUGUGAAAUGAUUUUAUGAGUGUUUGCUUAUUGGCAUUAUAUGUACUCGUAAAUCGCUAGCUUAGCGUGAAAAGUUGCUAAGUCCACUUUUUAUGAAAACUCAUAUUUUGUUGUAGGAAGCAAGAAAUGCCGACAAAACCAA